AUGGAAUACGAUUUUGAAUCUGAUCUAAGUAGUCAUUUAGAUGGUUCCUUGCCUGAUUUGGAGGAGGAUAUAGAGUUGAAUCAUGCUGCUGAAAGUGUUUCCAGCAAUCACGAUGAUGGAUCUCAUAUUUCAACACCUGCAUUAAAACGAAAACUAGAAAUUGAACCAAUUGCAUCUAAUGAAACUACCCAAGGAUCAACAAUCACUUCAAACAAUACUCAAAACACAACUAAAGACCCGUCAUACAGUUUGCUCAAUGAUUUAAUGGAUGAAAGCAUUUCUACGGAUUUACUGAGCACCAAAUGGCGUUCCUACUCUGAAACGGAUUCGUUUGAAUCAACGCGUGGAUUUCUCAAUCUUAUUUUGCUAUCUUGUAAUUGUCAACCUUUUUUAAACCACUUUGACAUGGAGGAUAUGGAAUCCAUACCUGAAACAUUAGCUCAAAUACAAUCUUCAACUUUUAAUUUUAACGACACUUUUGCAGAACCGUACUUAUAUGCAUGCUCAACAGUUAUAGGAAAGUCAUUCAGAACCAAGCUUCGUUUUCUCGUUGAUGAACUCAUUGCUAUGUCUAUAGAAAAGGACAAAAUAUCAACCGCAUCUUAUAUGGAAACUAUUAAAUCUUGGAUAAUAUGUAUGACUACUAGCCCAUGGUUAUCUAUCCGACAUACUUCAAGCGCCGUUUCAUGCAUGUUCUACGUCUCACUCGCAAACGCGCUUUCCAAUAUCCAAGGUGGUAACAAUUCCAAUGAAGGGGAUGCAGAUCAAGUUUUGCUCGAGAAUCUUAAUUAUCUAUUCGAUGAUAUUUACAAAAGUGCUAUAUUAAUAAGAAUACGUGAUACGAGAUCUAUUAUCCGAUUGGAAUGCUUUAUGGCAAUUCACGAGUGUUGCCUACUGCUUCCAUCUCAUCUUCAGGAUAGAUCAACAUUAUUGUAUCUCGGAUGGGGGCUUUCUGAUACUGAUGCAAAAAUUCGAAAGUCUGCUUUAAAAAUCAUUCAACAACUUUUUAUAAAUGAGCGAAAACAAGGGCUAUCACUUUCUUCACUUAAUUUUUUAGAAAGGUUUUCAUCUAAAAUUGCAGAAAUCUGCAGAUAUGACAUAGAAAGUGUUCGUGCAGUUGCACUUCAAUUAUGCUUUCAAUUGAUAGACCAUCAGUUACUCAACCGGGAAGACAUAGAAAUGCUUUGUUACAGCAUUUUUAACAAAAAGGCUCAAAUUCGUUUACCAGUCAUGAAGUUAUUAACGAAGUACUGUGAUCAAACCAUGGAAGGCUUUCUCCAAGAAUCAACGAAAGAGAUUAGUCUCAAAAAGAUCCUUACACAAGAAAAUUACAAAAUAUCAAAUUCUGCUUUUAAAAACCUUUAUAAGAAAAAUUUGAUAUUUUCUAUUAUUGCACACGCCUUGGAAGUAUGGACUAUUGAAAACAACCAGAAGGAAUCCUCACAAGCAGAUGAAGUAAAUAAUGAAAAAUCCGUUUGGCCCUUUGGUUUUAAUUUGGAGGCCAAUCGUUUGAAAAAUUCCGAAGAAUGGAAAGUGUACGAGUGCAGUAUGUUAUCUGUUCAUAAUGAAUUGGGCUCGUUGGGUUCUUGGGAAGAAGUCUUUGACUAUUUACUUUUUGACCAUGUUAAUCAUUUGGAUGCUAAUAGCAUUUUAAAACAUUGUGCACCAAAUGAGAAAAUAGUCGACUUAUUAUCUUCCUAUGUGUAUUUCUGUCUAAACCUUAUUGAAAAGCCUGCCUUGUUGAAAAAGAAAUCCUCUGAUUCAAAUUAUAUCUCAAAACAGUUACAUCUACUGCAUGAGCUGCCUCUACUGAUGAAGAAAUAUCGAGAACGUAACGUUGCAAGCUAUUACUUUAUUAAAAGUUUGGAUUAUAUUCAAGAGCAAACUCUGGCCUUACCGGAAUCAAGAAAAGAUAUGUUGGCCUUAUUGACAGAAGUGGAGUAUGCUGCCAAAGCAUCUAGUACUUUCCAAAUUAACUUAAUAUGUGGUGAAUUCUUUCACAGAAUAAUAAACCUGAACCUUAUAGCAAGCGAAAUUCAAUUAAAUGUUAAACUUUAUAUCGCUUCUGUGACGGACAACUUAAUGGAAGAAUUACAGGAAUUCUUAAAAUACAUUCAGUCAGCCCGUAAGACAUCCAAUCACGAUCAAAAGGUUGAAAGACUGGUAACUCAGUUAAAAUUUUACUGUGGUUUUAUUCGAAACAUUGGUACUUCUUCUGAAAAAAGUGCUACCACACUGCGUCUUGUCUCUGACUUGUUGGAGAUUUGCAAGCAGGAAGAAGAUGAACUGCUUUUAUAUUCAUGCUUAAGGACUAUAUUCUUAUGCAUCCUCCCUGAACUAAAUCGUCAAUGUUCAAACGAAAUUAUGGAAACUUACUUCAGUGUAGUCUUAGAAGCAUCGAGUUUGUUGUCAGACCGCACAAAGGAGCUUUUCACAGGAAAACUUUUUUCUACAAUUGUAAUUUUAAGUGUCUACUUUGGAAAAUCGGUUUUGGCUGGCACGUCGCGACUUAAUGGUAAUGAGUUAAAUGACAUCAAAACAUUAAACAUUGAAGAGCAGCUUGCGACACUUAAAAGUUUAUCAAAACAAUUAAAGAACAGUGAAUCAAACAGAUCAGUACAACCAUCAAUACUGGAGGAUGAAAAGGAACAAGGGUUAUGGAACAAUUUAUUUGAAGACUGGUAUCCUAAUCAUUGUAAGGAUCCCUUACUUCUGGUUGAUUUAAUGCAAGGCCUAAAAAAACUUGUUUUGUAG